CCCGCAUCGCUCAGCGGCUUGUCCUUCCCAAGAUGCCGGGCGCAUCUAUCGUGCAUGCCGCGUUCUUUGCAGUCGGCGCACUCGUCGGCGGCGGUGUCGCGGCCGCAGUGAGCGCGAAUAGGCGACAAACGACCGUGCCCGUCCAAACCAUACAACCGCAUCCUUCGCAGCCCAUCGUGGACGUCAAGGAGGGCGGCGGAGCGCAGAUUUCUCCAGCUUCUGCUGCGUCAGUCGUCUUACCGCCUGUGCUGAGGCACGGCAACCCUGGGCCCGUAUCUGAUCAGCUUGUACGCCUGGCGUACGUCGCUGGAUACGACCGACGUCUUCGGCAUCCUGCCUGGACGGCAGAGCACUUGACCCUCGCAUCGUUACGCAAGUCACCUCUGGGAUCUGCACCACAGGCAGCCGGUGACCGCUCUCAGUCGGCGUUCACGGAGGACAUGACCAUCCCCGCCCUGUUCCGCGCGAAGCUUCAGGACUACUUCCGGAGCGGGUACGACCGGGGACAUAUGGUUCCUGCUGCUGAUGCGAAGAUCUCGCAAACCGCAAUGGACGAGACGUUUCUCUUGACUAAUAUCGCUCCUCAAGUCGGCGUCGGAUUCAAUAGGCAUUACUGGGCAUAUCUGGAGGACUGGUGCCGCCGCUUGACGUCCUCGUUCGCGGACGUGUAUGUCUUCACCAUUCCUCUCUACCUGCCUAAACUCGACUCGGACGGCAAAUGGCGUGUGACUCACGAAGUCAUCGGCUCCCCGCCGAACGUCUCCGUGCCGACACACUUUGCUAAGGUCGUCCUGACCUCGCGACCGUCGUCUCCCUCUACGCCGGACGUACAUGAGAUCUCGACCGGCGCGUUCGUGCUCCCAAACGCGCCUAUCCCAGACGAAGCGAAGCUUGAAAGUUUUGUCAUGCCCGUUGAGGCGGUGGAGCACGCUGCGGGUCUUACGCUCUUUUCAGACGCGAUCAAGCAGAGCUCGAAGCACAUCUGCAGGACGACAAAAUGCGAGGUGAUCGUCAGGCGAUUUGACGAUGCGCAAAAACGCCCGGAGAUGCGGAGGGCGAUAUCCUCACCGCGGUAGCACUGGCGAGGGGUGCCAGAGGGAUCUAGGGUGAUUUCAGUGCAAUAGACCGAUCUUACCGACCUUGGGUCGUGACUCAUUCUGCAGUAGCCAGCAGCUGCGUUUAAAACAUCCAGCAACAACCCAUAUAGUGAGGAUCGAUGAGUACAUCAAAAGUCGGAAAGCAUGUCUCUGAUGCCGGACCAGUAGUCUUGAUCCACCCGAGGCUCGAUCUCCUCUUUUGUGAGCCAGGCAAAGUUCAAGACGUUUUUACCAUUCGGG